GCGGGGGAUUGUGGGAUACUGCGGCCCAGGCAGGCUGCUCCGGCGCGAUGGCCUCGAGCAGCGGCACCGACGUGAUCCAGGUCACCAACGUCUCCCCCAGCGCCAGCUCCGAGCAGAUGCGGACGCUCUUCGGUUUCCUCGGAAAGAUCGAGGAGCUGCGCCUCUUCCCCCCGGAUGACUCUCCUUUGCCCGUGUCAUCCCGUGUGUGCUUUGUAAAGUUCCACGAUCCCGACUCGGCGGUUGUGGCCCAGCACCUGACGAACACGGUGUUCGUCGACAGAGCGCUGAUAGUCGUUCCGUAUGCAGAAGGAGUCAUUCCUGAUGAGACUAAGGCUUUGUCUCUCUUGGCACCAGCCAAUGCUGUGGCAGGUCUGCUGCCUGGAGGUGGACUCCUGCCUACUCCCAACCCACUUUCUCAGAUUGGUGCUGUUCCUUUAGCUGCUCUCGGAGCUCCUGCUCUCGAUCCUGCCCUUGCUGCUCUCGGGCUUCCUGGAGCAAACUUAAACUCUCAGUCUCUUGCAGCAGAUCAACUCCUCAAACUGAUGAGCACAGUGGAUCCAAAGUUGAACCAUGUAGCUGCAGGUCUUGUUUCACCAAGUCUGAAAUCAGAUACCUCCAGUAAAGAAAUAGAAGAAGCUAUGAAAAGAGUACGAGAAGCACAGUCGUUAAUUUCUGCUGCUAUAGAGCCAGACAAAAAAGAUGAAAAAAGAAGGCAUUCAAGGUCAAGAUCGCGCUCGAGGAGGAGGAGGACACCUUCUUCAUCCAGACACAGACGGUCAAGAAGCAGAUCAAGGAGAAGGUCCCAUUCAAAAUCAAGAAGCAGGAGGCGAUCUAAAAGUCCAAGGCGAAGGAGAUCUCAUUCCAGAGAGAGAAGUAGAAGAUCCAGGAGCACAUCCAAAACCAGGGAUAAAAAGAAAGAAGAGAAAGAAAAGAAACGUUCUAAGACUCCCCCCAAAAGCUACAGCACAACGAGGAGAUCCAGAAGCACAAGCAGAGAAAGACGGCGUAGAAGAAGCAGGAGUGGAACACGGUCACCUAAAAAGCCCAGGUCACCUAAAAGGAAAAUGUCAAGGUCCCCAUCUCCCAGAAGGCAUAAAAAGGAAAAAAAGAAGGAUAAAGACAAAGAGAGAAGUAGAGACGAGAGGGAACGGUCAACCAGCAAGAAAAAAAAAAGCAAAGACAAAGAGAAGGACCGGGAACGGAAAUCUGAGAGCGAUAAGGAUGUGAAAGUCACAAGGGAUUAUGAUGAAGAGGAACAGGGAUAUGACAGCGAGAAGGAGAAAAAGGAAGAAAAGAAAAUGGCAGAUUCCUCUUCUCCGAAAGUAAAGGAGUCUGCGGCUGAGAAAGGAAGCGGCGAAUCAGCAAGGGAGUCCAAAGUAAAUGGAGAUGAUCACCACGAGGAGGACAUGGAUAUGAGUGACUGAAUUUUGCCUUUGCAGUGAACACGGCUGCAGACGUGCAUCAGUGUCAUUCCUGUGUGAUUCUUUUAUGCUGUACUUGUUAAUCCUAAAUCUAGAUGUAUACAGCUCCAAGCUAUACAUGGUUUGUAAGGCUCCUGAUACUAACUCACAUCAAAAGCUUUCUAGAAAGGUAACCAUCCUUGUUAUGGCCGAAAGGGAUUGCGUAGCCAAGCAAUUUUUACUAACUUGGUGAUGCUUCAAGCAAAAGUAAAAAGCUGCAUGCAUCUACAGCAGGCAUGGACUGUUUGUUGUAUGAUCUCCUGUAGUAAAUCAGCUCACUUAUGAUAGUGUUUCUAGACUUUGAUUCAUUGCAGUAAUAGAGCAGUUUAGGGAAUGCACUGACUGCAUGUUGAUUGUGGCAGAAACAUCCUAAAUGUUCUAAAAUCCUACAACAUACAGUGGAUCUCCUUAAGGGUCUUAAGUGUGACUACACAGAAAAAAAAAUUGACAGUUCAUCUGGAAAGAAGCAUUCUGACAUAGGUAGGGUUUGUUUUGUUCUAAGCCACGUGGCUGGGCUUCUGUUUUUGGGGUUUUUGUUUUGUCUUUGGUUUUUGUUUCCUUGUUUUUUCCCCCUGGGUUUUGUUCUGGCUUUGACAAAGUUAAAAUGCACUGACCUUUGGAGGGCUGACUUCCACCUGUGGGUUCCAGUCUUUCACCCCUUGGUUCCCAUCCACCCCAAGCAGCAAGAAGUGACGAGCUGUAAAUGGUUCUGAGCUUCUGUGCUUCAGCUGUGGGAAGUGAGAAUCCCUGCUUGAUCAGUGCCCGGUGAUUACAAGUCAGUAGUAAUUGCAGUUCUCCCAAUCAGGUUGUUCUAUCUGCUCGUGAGCUGAACCCGUGGGUACAAGGUAGUGCAUUUUAAAAUUGACCUUUGUAUGCUUUUAAAAGCAAGUCUACUUGAUAAUGUACUUUCUACUUGAUCUCAAGUUGUAUAAACUGAUUUGUGUUGCUGUCACUGCAGUAGUAAUCUUAUGCACACAGUGAUUCCACGUUAUAUGCAAGGUAGUUAGGCAAGCAGUUUUCUUAGUUACAGAAGUUCAACAGCUUUUACUUUUGUGCAGGUAAAAAGACAAAAGUAGGCUACAGUCUGUGCCAUGUUGAUGUACAGUUUCUGAAAUUGUUUUACAGAACUUUGAUAAUAAAACCCUUAAACUUA